AUGCCAGAGCCGCUCGACGGCCGGCGGCAACUGGGCCUGAUCCUGGACACUGGCCGUAUGUCGGGUGCCGUGAUGCUUCACAUUGCAACAGGCGAGUCCCUGCCACCACUCUACGCGGGAGUUAGCAGAGGAGCCCGACACCUCGGACCUAGUCCUCAUCAAGCCUUUACGAAGCCUGCCUCCUUUGAGACCAGCAUGUACAUGCUGGUUCGGAUUACCUCUGUUGGAUUGCAUCUUGCAGAGAGUGGGAAAACGUUGCAUCACAAGGUCGAGGCAAGGCGAUCUGAUGCAGCUCAAAUGGGCAUGUAG